AUGAAAAGAUUGAUUUCUGCUUGUUACGGUCAUUUGAGCUCAUCAACCAUGAUGGGAAGGCUCGGAAUUGGCCAAAGAAAUUUAAGCACUGGUAGUGGAUCUGCAUUAUUACUUUGUACAAAUAAAUGUAGAGGAAGGGAAUUUCAAGAAUUUUCAUCAUCAUCCUCCGACUGCAACCGAUUCUUCUCAAUGAAGAAUUCAUUCACGAUGGAUCGAGAAAUCAAGAUGAGAGUUAAGGAAGCUCGUAUGGAGGAAAACGUUGAUAGAAAUGUUACGAUUGAAGGAUGGGUGAGAACUUCGAGAAUGCAAAAGAAUUUAUGUUUCAUUGAAGUGAAUGAUGGCUCUUGCAACUCUAAUUUACAAGUUGUUUUUGACAUGACCAAUACUCAUCAAGGUACACCUGUCAUAUCUCAUGACGAGCUUGCAAAAAUUCAAAAUGGAGCAAGUAUCAGAAUUCGAGGACAGAUUAUUAAAUCACCGGGAAAAGGUCAAAAAACUGAGCUUUCAAACAUUGCAGAAAUUAAAGUAUUGGGAGAGUGUCCUCAAGAACAAUAUCCACUUCAAAAGAAAGGCCACACUGUUGAAUUUUUGAGAGAAAUUUCACAUCUUAGAAGCAGAACGAACACGGGUGCUGCCGUUUUGCGUGUAAGAAAUUCUGCCAUGAUGGCUAUCCAUGAAUAUUUCCAAAGUCAGGACUUUAUUCAAAUUCAUACACCAAUUUUAACUGGAAGUGAUUGUGAAGGAGCUGGAGAACAAUUUAAAGUAAUGUCAGAACAACACAAAGAUUUCUUUGGAGAAAACCAAGAAGUGUUCUUAACAGUGAGUGGACAAUUAGAAGCAGAGAUAUUUGCGUCAUCCAUGUCGAGAGUAUAUACAUUUGGACCUACAUUUAGAGCUGAAGAUUCCAGAACAACUAGACACCUCGCUGAAUUUUGGAUGGUAGAAAUGGAACAGGCAUUCAUUGGACUGCCAGAAUUGGUUCAACAUUCUGAAAACAUGAUUAGACAUGCAGUACGAAAAGUGUUAGAUCAAUGUGAAGAGGACAUUCAAUUCUUUAAUAAGUGGUACAAGAAUACCCUCUUUGAAGAUUUGAAAAAGGUGGCUAGUAAUGAAACCAAAUUCGUGACCAUUACAUAUACUGAUGCUGUUGAGUUAUUGCAGAAAGAUGCAAUUGAAAAGAAUCGGGUUCAAUUCAAAUAUCCUGUGGAAUGGGGUGUCAAUUUGCAAAGCGAGCAUGAAGUGUACCUUUGCAAGUAUUUCAACAGUCCCGUAUUUGUCACCAAUUAUCCAAAGGUGAUCAAACCAUUCUAUGCUCGAGUCGAUGAGAACGGUAAAACUGUCUCUGCUGUUGACUUGUUGGUCCCUGAUUUGGGAGAGUUAAUUGGAGGAUCUGUAAGAGAAGAACGAUAUGAUAUCCUACUUCAAAACAUGAAAGAGAAGGGAAUGACAAAUCUCCAAAAUUAUGACUGGUAUUUGGACUUGAGAAAAUUUGGAACUGUGCCACAUGGUGGUUUUGGUCUUGGAUUUGAACGGUUAAUUCUUUUCCUCACAGGAAUUCCAAAUAUUAGAGAAACAAUUCCAAUUUACAGAGCUCCAGGAUUUUGUAAAUUUUAG